AGAAGAUCCGGGACUGCUACAAAGCUCAGCCUCUCAGUCAGCCAGCUCUGUGACCUAUGAAUUAGGCCUAUGAAAUGUUCGUUCCUUGAGAAAAUAAGAUUGGAGUCCGUCGUGGGAAACUGGAACCGAAUUCGGAGAAAAUAAUUCACCAAAAAAGGAUAUGACCAGUUACCUGAGAUUCAGAAACGGCGGUGGACUGGCCCUGCUGUGCGCGCUUCUAGGGACGCUGUGCAAGACCGGAUCUGGGCAGAUCCGCUACUCGGUCCCGGAGGAGCUGGACAAUGGCUCCUUCGUGGGCAACAUCGCCAAGGACUUAGGGCUGGAGCCCCGGGAGCUGGCGGAGCGCGGAGUUCGCAUCGUCUCCAGAGGUAGGACGCAGCUCUUUGCUCUGAAUCCGAGGAGCGGCAGCUUGGUCACCGCCGGCAAGGUAGACCGAGAGGAGCUCUGCGCUCAGAGCGCGCGGUGUCUAGUAAAAUUUAACAUCCUGGUUGAAGACAAAUUGAAAAUUUUUGAAGUAGAAAUAGAAAUUAAAGACAUUAAUGAUAAUGUUCCUGAUUUUCUAACAGAGGAUUUGGAAAUAAAAAUUAGUGAACUAACGGCUCCUGGAACUCGAUUUCCACUUAAGACUGCAUUCGACCUGGAUGUGGGCUUGAACUCUCUGCAGAACUACGAGCUCAGCUCCAGUGAUUACUUCUCCCUGGCUGUGAAUAGCAUCACUGAUGGGGCCAAGUACCCAGAGCUGGUGCUGGAGCGGGCUCUGGACCGUGAGGAAAAGAAAUUUCACCAGCUUAUCCUUGUUGCUUCUGAUGGCGGUGACCCUGCCCACUCUGGCAGCUUGUGCAUCCAAGUGAUAGUUCUGGAUGCAAAUGACAACCCACCAGUAUUUACUCAGCCCGAGUAUCGAUUAAGUGUUCAGGAGAACUUGCCAGUGGGCACCUGGCUGCUCACGGUGAAUGCCACCGACCCUGACGAGGGAUUCAAUGCUCAAGUGUCCUAUAUGCUAGAUAAAAUGCCUGGGAAAAUUGGUCAGAUUUUUUAUCUCAACUCAGUGACUGGAGAUAUAUCAAUUUUAAAAAGUCUAGAUUAUGAGGAUACUAUGUUCUAUGAAAUUAAAAUUGACGCACAAGAUGGACCAGGUCUCCUUUCAAGAGCUAAGAUUCUAGUCACAGUUCUGGAUGUGAAUGACAAUGCCCCAGAAGUUAUAAUCACUUCUCUCACAAGGUCAGUCCCAGAAGAGGCUACUGCUGGGAGAGAAAUUGCUCUUAUCAAUGUCCAUGACCGUGAUUCUGGGCAAAAUGGGCAAGUCACAGUUUUCAUCCUUGAAAGUAUGCCAUUUAAUUUAGAAAAAGCAAUAGACCAAUAUUACCGCUUAGUGACAGCUAGAUCCCUGGACCGUGAACAGGUGUCUGAAUAUAACAUCACUCUGAGAGCAACAGAUGGGGGAAGUCCACCACUGUCCACGGACACUCACAUCACCCUGCACGUGGCAGACAUCAAUGACAACCCACCUGCCUUCACUCAUGACUCCUACUCUGCCUACAUUUCUGAAAACAACCCCAGGGGAGCCUUCAUCUUUUCUGUUACGGCCUGGGACCCUGACAGCAUUGAGAACGCCCACAUCACUUACGCACUGACUGAGGGCACGCUCCAGGGGGUGCCUCUCUCCACCUAUGUUUCCAUCAACUCCGACACUGGCGUCCUGUAUGCACUGUGCUCCUUCGACUAUGAGCAAGUUAGAGACCUGCAGCUACUACUGACAGCCAGUGACAGUGGGAACCCUCCACUCAGCAGCAACGUGUCUGUGAGCCUGUUUGUGCUGGACCAGAAUGACAACAUGCCCGAAAUCCUGUACCCUGCCCCCCCUACUGACGGUUCCACUGGCAUGGAGCUGGUGCCCCCCUCUGCAGAGCCUGGCUACCUGGUGACCAAGGUGGUGGCAGUGGACAGAGACUCGGGCCAGAACGCCUGGCUGUCCUACCGCCUGCUCAAGGCCAGUGAGCCAGGGCUCUUCACAGUGGGGCUGCACACCGGUGAGGUGCGCACAGCGCGGGCCCUGUUGGACAGAGACGCGCUCAAGCAGAGCCUGGUGGUGGCGGUCCAGGACCACGGCCAGCCCCCUCUCUCAGCCACCGUCACGCUCGCCGUGGCCAUGGCUGACAGCAUCCCAGAUGUCCUGGCCAACCUGGGCAGCUUCGACCCCUCUGCCAACCCGGAUGAUUCAGACCUCACCCCGUACCUGGUGGUGGCGGUGGCUGCGGUCUCCUUCGUCUUCCUCGCCUUUGUCAUCAUGCUAUUGGCGCUCAGACUGCGGCGGUGCCACAGGUCUCGCCUGCUCCAGGCUUCAGAAGGUGUAUUGCCAGGCAUGCCGGUCUCGCACUUUGUGGGCGUGGACAGAGUGCAGACUUUCCUGCAGACCUAUUCCCAUGAGGUCUCCCUCACUUCAGACACAAGGGAGACUCAUCUGAUUUUCCCCCAGCCCAACUACUCGGACAAGCUCAUCAGCCAGGAGAGCUGUGAGAAAAGCGAGCCUCUCCUGGUAUCUCAAGAUUUACUUGAAACAAAAGGAGACCCCAAGCUACUUCAGGUGAGUUUAUGUCUUUCUUUGAAUGUUAUAAAGAAAAAUUAUGCCAGUGUGGUUAUUAUAAAGCUUUAA